UCUAGUCCAGUCAAAAAAAAAAAAAAACAGAAUCGCCGGAGAUCAUGCCGCACCUGGUGCGCGAGAAUCUUUUCAUCGGAAACAUCACCGACGCAGUCGACAUACUCCAAAACGGCAGCUCCACCGUCACUCACAUCCUCUCUGUUCUCAGCACCGCCUCGAUUUCCUUCUUCACUGACUACAAGAAGGGCCUCACUAUCCCCACCAAGGAGAUUACCACGGCCUACGCCGCCGACGACGGCGAGGGCUCAUCCGGCGGUGGGAAAGUGCUCUACUUGGUGGAAUAUGCCGGCAAGGAUUUGAAGCUGGUGAGGAUGGGGGUUCCGAUGAGGGAUAUGGAGAGCGAGAAUUUGUUGGAUCAUUUGGAGGUGUGUUUGGAUUUUAUUGAUAAGAGUCGAAAAGAGGGGUCUGUUUUGGUGCAUUGCUUUGCUGGUGUUUCUAGAAGCGCAGCUAUCAUUACGGCGUAUCUUAUGCGAACUGAGCAGUUAUCGCAGGAAGAUGCACUAGGAUCCCUGAGGCAAAGCUGUGAGUUUGUUUGCCCCAAUGAUGGUUUUCUAAAUCAGCUAAAAAUGUAUGAGGAAAUGGGCUUCAAGGUUGAUCAUGCCAGCCCCAUAUACAAGUCAUUUCGCCUCAAAAUAUUAGGUGAAUCUUAUUAUCGCGGAGAUAAAAUAGACAGCUCCAAAUUUGGUGCUGAUCCUGGUUUGCCCAGCGAUGUUACCUCUCAACUGGAAUCACCUCCAAAUGGAGGAAAAGCUGGGACAUCUGCCUUCCACUGCAAAAAAUGCCGAAGACUUGUUGCUGUACAGGAUAAUGUUGUGGACCACAUUCCUGGUCAGGGUGAGUCAUCUUUUGAAUGGCGUAAGCGGAAAAGUAGCAACUAUAACAACCCUGAGGAUUCUGAAUGUUCAUCCAUAUUUAUCGAGCCUCUAAGAUGGAUGACAGCAGUGGAAGAAGGAGCCAUGGAGGGGAAGUUGUCUUGUGCACAUUGUGAAGCUCGUUUGGGUUACUUCAACUGGUCAGGUAUCCAAUGCAGUUGCGGGAGCUGGAUCACCCCUGCUUUCCAGCUCCAUAGAAGCCGAAUAGACACCAGCAGUGGCUAAUAUCUGUGAAGUUGAAGCCUUUGGGAGUUGAGCCCGCACCAGAUG